AUGCGGCUCGCCAAAAGAAUUCAUGCGACUCGCCAAAAGAAUUCAUUCACUCGCCAAAAAAAGAAUUCAUGCGACUCGCCAAGAAAGAAUUCAUGCGACUCGCCAAAAGAAUUCAUGCGACUCGCCAAAAGAGUUCAUGCGGCCCCGCCAAAAAUUCAUGCGACUCGCCAAAGAGUUCAUGCGGCCCGCCAAAAGAAUUCAUGCGACUCGCCAAAAGAAUUCAUGCGACUCGCCAAAAAAGAAUUCAUGCGACUCGCCAAAAGCCAAAAGAAUUCAUGCGACUCGCCAAAAGAAUUCAUGCGACUCGCCAAAAAAUUCAUGCGACUCGCCAAAAAAAGAAUUCAUGCGACUCGCCAAAGAAUUCAUGCGACUCGCCAAAAGAAUUCAUGCGACUCGCCAAAAGAAUUCAUGCGACUCGCCAAAAGCAUGCGACAAAAGAAUUCAUGCGACUCGCCAAAAGAAAAAGAAUUCAUGCGACUCGCCAAAAGAGUUCAUGCGGCCCGCCAAAAGAAUUCAUGCGACUCGCCAAAAGAGUUCAUGCGACUCGCCAAAAGAAUUCAUGCGACUCGCCAAAAGAAUUCAUGCGACUCGCCAAAAGAAUUCAUGCGACUCGCCAAAAGAAUUCAUGCGGCCCGCCAAAAGAAUUCAUGCGACUCGCCAAAAGAGUUCAUGCGGCCCGCCAAAAGAAUUCAUGCGACUCGCCAAAAGAAUUCAUGCGACUCGCCAAAAGAAUUCAUGCGACUCGCCAAAAGAGUUCAUGCGGCCCGCCAAAAGAUUCAUGCGACUCGCGACAUGCGCCAAAAGAAAAAGAAUUCAUGCGACUCGCCAAAGAAUUCAUGCGACUCGCCAAAAGAAUUCAUGCGACUCGCCAAAAGAAUUCAUGCGACUCGCCAAAAGAAUUCGACUCGCCGACUCGCUCGCAAAAGAAUUCAUGCGACUCGCCAAAAAUUCAUGCGGCCCGCCAAAAAAGAAUUCAUGCGACCCGCCAAAAGAGUUCAUGCGGCUCGCCAAAAUAAUUCACCGCCAAAAGACUUCGCGAAAAAAAGAAUUCAUGCGACUCGCCAAAAGAAUUCAUGCGACUCGCCAAAAAGAAUGCGACUCGCCAAAAAAUUCAUGCGACUCGCCAAAAAAAUUCAUGCGACUCGCCAAAAGAAUUCAUGCGACUCGCCAAAAAAUUCAUGCGACUCGCCAAAAGAAUUCAUGCGACUCGCCAAAAGAAUUCAUGCGACCCGCCAAAAGAAUUCAUGCGACUCGCCAAAAGAGUUCAUGCGACUCGCCAAAAAGAAUUCAUGCGACUCGCCAAAAAAUUUCAUGCGACUCGCCAAAGAAUUCAUGCCACUCAUAAAAAUUCAUGCGGCCCGCCAAAAGAAUUCAUGCGACUCGCCAAAGAGUUCAUGCGCCUCCCAAAAAAUUCCCGCUCAAAAAAAUUCAUGCGACUCGCCAAAGAAUUCAUGCGACCCGCCAAAAGAAUUCAUGCGACUCGCCAAAAGAAUUCAUGCGGCCCGCCAAAAGAAUUCAUGCGACUCGCCAUGCGACUCGCCAAAGAGUUCAUGCGACUCGCCAAAAAGAAUUCAUGCGACUCGCCAAAGAGUUCAUGCGGCCCGCCAAAAAGAAUUCAUGCGACUCGCCAAAAGAGUUCAUGCGGCCUCGCCCAAAGAAUUCAUGCGACUCGCCAAAAAAAUUCAUGCGACUCGCCAAAAAGAAUUCAUGCGACUCGCCAAAAGAAUUCAUGCGACUCGCCAAAAGAAUUCAUGCGACUCGCCAAAAAGAGUCGCCAAAAAAGAGUUCAUGCGGCCCGCCAAAAAAUUCAUGCGACUCGCCAAAAGAAUCAUGCGACUCGCCAAAAGAAUUCAUGCGACUCGCCAAAAGAAUUCAUGCGACUCGCCAAAAAGUUUCAAAAGAAUGCGGCCCGCCAAAAGAAUUCAUGACUCGCCAAAAGAAUUCAUGCGACUCGCCAAAAGAAUUCAUGCGACUCGCCAAAAAGAGUUCAUGCGGCCCGCCAAAAAAAUUCAUGCGACUCGCCAAACGAGUUAUGAAUUCCAAAAGAAUUCAUGCGACCCGCCAAAAGAAUUCAUGCGACUCGCCAAAAAAUUCAUGCGACUCGCCAAAAAGAAUUCAUGCGACCCGCCAAAGAAUUCAUGCGGCCCGAAAAGAAUUCUCGACUCGCCAAAAGAGUUCAUGCGGCCCGCCAAAAGAAUUCAUGCGACUCGCCAAAAGAAUUCAUGCGACUCGCCAAAAGAAUUCAUGCGACUCGCCAAAAGAGUUCAUGCGGCCCGCCAAAAGAAUUCAUGCGACUCGCCAAAAGAGUUCAUGCGGCCCGCCAAAAGAAUUCAUGCGACUCGCCAAAUGAAUUCAUGCGGCCCGCCAAAUGUUAGUAAAUUUGAAAGAGGGACUUACCAAGCCACGCCAAAUAAUUAUUACAAGCAUUUUGACGCCUAA